AUGCCACCUUCAAUAUACUUCGUCCGACACGCGGAAGCGGAGCACAAUGUCAGUCGUGAUCCCAAUACACGAGAUGCCCGUCUCACCCAGAGAGGAAAAGCACAAUGCGCCAAACUUCUAGAGACAUUCCCAGCGCACGACUCAAUCGAUCUCAUCGUAGCAUCUCCCCUGCGGCGUACCAUUCAGACAGCGGUGCUCUGUUUCAGGCCAUCGCUAGCGAAGGAGAAUGUCGAGUUUCACCUGUUGCCGGAAGCUCAAGAGGUUAGCGACAUGACGUGUAAUGUUGGCUUUCCUCAGGGUGAGCUAGAAAUCGAAGUGCAAAAACUCUUCGGAGACGAUGAGAGUGCCGCGUUGGCGAGUCGGAAGAUAAACUAUGCUGCGGUGGUUGAGGGGUGGAAUUCAAAGCAAGGAACGUGGGGUUCGGAGAAAUCAGCUGUCGAAGCUCGUGCAGCAACACUUCGCGCCUGGCUCUACGCCCGUCCAGAGAAAAGCAUAGUUGUAGUCACACAUGGCAACUUCCUCCGUUACUUGACCGAUGAUUGGAAUGAGCCUAUAUACUCCCCCGGAAAUCAGGCGACUGCCAAAGUCGCAGCAUUAGGGCUUGUUCCACCUAGAGGCACGUCUUGGGCUAAUUGCGAGAUUCACCAAUUCGAGUUUUCUCCCGACUCCAACGAAAAUGAUGCCCAUUUGUUAGAGACUGACGCAAGCAAGAACGCGAGGAAAAGUUUUACUCCAUAG